AUGAGCAUCGUUGUGCAAGGAGAAGCACCUGAGCCUAAAAAAUUUCGAUCAUCUCUACCUACUCAGGUAAUUGUGGAAAAGCCAACCUUUGCAUACCAAAGCAGUGGGAGCCCUUUGGAUGAUGCAGCAAAUGGAGGUCAAUCUCCUGCCGGUCCAUCAUCUGCCCGUUCAUCCAGCUCUACAUCAUGUGUCAAGGAGGAACGAGAACGAGAUGAUUUAUGCGCAAAUGGUAAUAGUAAUAGCAAUAGCAACAAUCUAUUGUAUCCAAGGAGUGGCCAAAGUCUCGUUGAUGCAUUUUCAACGGCAAUGAUUUUUCAGGCUACUAAUGCAUACAUGAAACAAAUGCAACCAACAAAUCAAAAAACUCGUGGUAAAUCAGCUACUCCAAAUGUACCACCAGGACCACCAAUUCCGGGUGCUAUAGCAGCAGCAUCAUCACCAGCAGCUGCAUUGUUCAGUGAAGAUGAUUGGUCUUGGCAUCGUAAUCCGGCUGCAGCUAUUCGAAGUGGUGGAACUAAUAAGCAGACUCCGGUUUGGAAAUUCUUCGUUUAUAACAAAGCUGAAAAUUUAAGCAGAUGUAUUGUGGGCAAUUGUACGUAUGUAUUAAAAGGACCUCAUACCAGUACACUUGCCUGUCAUCUUAAGAAACAUCCACCACAAUAUGUGGAAUAUCAAAAAUUAAAGGCUAUUUACUCACGUGAUCGUUUAAAUAAUAUUAGCAGCAAUCCUUCUCAGAUGUCAGUUUCACCCGCUCCCGCUUCAUCCGGAUCCAGUAGCGUUGCACAUUUGAACAAUUGUAGCAGUCGUAUGAAAACAGUUGGAACUAAUGGCAACAAUGGUAGCGGUAAUAUUUUGCGAAAUCGUGCACAUGAUGGUUGUUCAUCAGGAAAUUCAUUUAAUUCAAUCAAACGUCAUACAUCCAUCUCAAAUGUUGUUGCUAAUUCCGGAAAGCAAUCAACUCAUAGUGUUAGCAGUAUAUUGGACGUUCUAAAUGCAAGGGCAAGUGUAGCAGCUUUAGCCAGUGGAAAUGGUCAUCUGUUACAAAAUCCAAUUGCUGCCAUUUUCAAUAAUCCAGAAAAAGAUAAUGGAAAUACCGCUGGCGGUAUUAGCAACACACGAAAUUCAUCCGGAAAUUCAUCAUCAAUCAAAAAUAAUAGUUCAUUGGCAGAUGUGUUGACUGCAAAUUUAUUAAUGGCUGCAAGCAGUAGUGCGGCAAGUAACGCAGUAGCAAUCGGUCGAAAAUGGAAUCGUGAAGAUCGAAAGCAGAAAGAAAUGGAAGUUAAAUUAGCACUAAUGCUUUCUGCUAGCCAACUUCCAUUAAACAUUAUCGAAAAUUCAUUUUUUCGUGAAUUCAUGGAAUAUGUUCAACCACGUUUCUCGAUGCCACACGACAUUAACUAUGUAGAGGAUAUAAUCAAUACAGAACAUUCGCGAACGAUUACCAAUUUAAAAAAUCAACUAAGUACUGCAAAGAAAGUUGCUGUUAUGAUCGAUGUAUUAAAAUUAAACACAUCAACAUCCUCUUCUGUACUUUCUGCAAAUGUUGUUGAUAAGGAAGAAUCAAAGGACUUGGAGUCAAAAGACUCGACAUCUGUUAAUUCGGACAGUGGUUUUGAUAUAUCUGAUGAGAAUCAGUCUGACACAGAAUCCCCAAAAUCAUCUACCAUACGAACGGAAGAAAUGCGAUUAUUGGUUCGACUUUGUAUAUCCGUUGCCUUCCACAGUCCAUUAGCACAACGAGUAGAAGUUGCAUUGCUCGGUGUUCGACCACUUGUUGAUCAAACAAAUGUCGUAGAUGCAGUCAAAUCUACAGUUGAACAGAUUCUGUUAGAUUUUGAUGUUACAACCGAUAAAGUAUCGCGCUAUCUCUGUAAUGAUAUAUGUGAAUUAAUUGGAAUUAAUGUUUCAUCAGAAGAUGUCUUCCCUCGGAUGCUGGAACCAUACAAUCAAAAGUUGACGCAAUCUCUGUUGAACGUAAUAGAUGCAAAUCAAGGAAUUGAAGAGCUGAAGAAAAGCUUCUAUAGCAUGAUUUUGAAUUUCGUGACAAGACCAAAUGCUAUGCAAUUGCUACAACAAGCUGUCGGACGUCCGGUAUCAAUACCCAUCGCGGAUUCAUUUCUUGUUCUUAUUGAUGCUAUUCUUGAACUCAAAGAUGCAUUCCUAUGUGUUUGUGCGCAGAUAUCUUUCGAAUAUCCUGUUGAAACAAUCAGUGAAUCUCAAUGGCAAGUUCUCGAAAAUGUCUCAAGGCUGUUGCGGCUCUUUAACACCCAUAUGAACGUGGUACAGGAUGGUGUUUAUGCAACAAUCGAUGGUGUUGUUCCAUCACUGAUGCAGUUGCAAGUUUCUCUUGAAAAAGAUUUUAUUGCUCUUGGGAAUUUAGCAACUCAGUUGAAAAUAGACUUACAAAAACGUACGGCGUCAAUAUUGGACAUUACUGCUCCUGAUUUUGAUGGAACAUUCAUUCAAGCAACAGCGUUGAAUCCACAUUUAGCUCUAUUGUUGGAUGAUGAGCAAUUAGCGUAUGCCAGGAAUGCUAUCGAACAAGAGUUAAACGAACGUAUGAGGUUGGCGGAAGAAGUAGUGGCUCGUCGUACUGCACGAUUAAAUGGUGGCGUUGAUGCACUUCUUGCAACAGUAACAGAUCGUGCAGCUGCUGCUUCGUCAUUGGCAACAACAUCCGUUAUGAGUAGCAGUAGUUCAAGAAAUAGCAGCAGGAAUAUCAAUAAUAUUGCAAACAGCGAUACAUCACUUUCAUGUCAAAAUAUUACAAGUACUUCGCUCUAUCCAGAUCUUAUUCAUGCUGCAAAUGAACGACGAAAAAUGAUGAAGGAAAGGCAGCAAGCUGCUGCUAAAAACCGUUAUGCCGAAGCAAUUGUACAGUCAUAUUUCGAUGAACUUGCUGCUGGAACUAAUCAAACAUCACCAUCACCACUUGCAGUUGCGACAGGUGCGCUUCCAAUAACAUUAAACGGUCGAAAUUUAGCACCACUGCAGUACUGGCAAUUCAACACCGUUAAAUAUGGACUCCUAGCGGAAAUAGCUACCGAAUUACUGACAAUUCCUUCUUCUACUGUUUCACUGGAACGAAUUUUUGCAACCUCCUCACCAGAUGCACAAAACGGAAAUGGUGCUGAUAUAAAUAAUGGUAGCACAAGUUGUGUUACCUUUGAUCCUAUCACAUUGAUCAAAACAAUUGAUGAACCUACACGAAUGGAACGUGAUGCAAUGCUUCGCUUCAAUCGAGCAUUAAUACCCCGGUUCUAA